CUAUCUCUCCCUUCUCGAUCUAAAACCUACCCUCUUCUCAUCCGCCUCCCUUCCCGACUUCUCUCUCCCUCCUCCGCGACUUCUCUCUCCCUCCGCCGGCGUCCGUCUCCCUCCUCAUCAACUCCAGCGGUGCCGCCCUCCUCCUCGCAAUUGUGAGAUUGCAAUUCACGAUUGCAACUCCAGCGGCGCCGGCCUCCUCCUCUCAAUUGAGAUUGCAACUCCAGCGGCGCCGGCCUCCUCCUCAGUGGAAGCUUACAGGAAAAGAGCAACAUCCUCCGUUAAAAAGAGCAGCAUAUAGGAAGCUUACAUUCAUUACAUAGCCCAGGUACACAUCAAUCCCUUUCAUCUGCUUUUAAUAUAUUUCAAUUCAUUUUUUCAUGCUACCUUAGUCUUAGAUCAUGAAUUCUUUCCACCUUAUGUAUACGCUGUAUUUAAUUAUAAGCAAUUACAAGUCUGAACAUGCUUUUGGAACUGCCUUUGAUCUUAGGCUCGCAGCUACUAGGUGCGUACCCUUGCCUCCCUAUUUUUGGGAAAGACGGCUUUCGGAAUAGGCUUUUUGGUUUCGCUUCGCUCGCUUGAAACUGCGAUUGCGCUUCGCUAGCUAACUACUAGAAAUCAAAACUCCAAUUUCACCCUCCUAAGAGGAUUUUCAACAUUCUUCCAUUAGCGAUAUGUUUAACACAUCUAAGUCAAGCAGGGACUUUUAUCGGUUCCGAGGUACGAAGUCCCUCUCCCCUCUUCAAGCGACUCCCGUUGGUCGUACCUAAAUUAGGUACUUUACGGGCUGAUUUUCAAAUUCAUGAUGUGCGUGAAUUAAGUUUUUGAUCCCUUGUGAUUGGGUGCCCAAGCAUGCGUGCAUUUUUCUGUUUUGGCUAAUGAGUAUCCUUGAAGAUUCCAAAGUAAAAACAUGUAAAGAGGUUUUUUAAGAUGCUACACAGUAGAACUUGCUAGAAGAAAAUGAAGGAGCCAAGAACGCAGCAUAUAAAAAAGAAUUUUUCUCAAAUCCUUUUUGGCUUUUAGUAUCUCUAAACCAAGUAUCAGUGUAUGGACAAUUUCCAUUUAUUCAUAUUAGCUAGAGUACUUGAUUACCUUGUGUAAUACGAGGAUAGCUAGAGUAGUUGAUUACCUGAUGGUUACCUUUUCAAUUCUGUUAGCCAAAACCAAAUAAUAUUAAUAACAUGUUCCACACUGUUGCUGGAUGUUAAACACAUGUUCCUGGAAUGUCAGAUAUGAUUGAGAAACCUGUGUGUCAUUGAAAACCUAAAACUUUCUCAAAUUGCAAUGAAAAUGAUACUGCAGGUUUUAAAAGUGCAUAGACAUCAGUGCUUCUAUCCAUCAUAAAGGCUGUCAACAACUUCCUAAUACCUUCAAUAACAUACUCAUUCUUGUGGAAGGUGUUUGCUUUGCCUGCUUUAACAUCAAUACGGUUCUACCCAGAAAACAAAAAAAGUGCUCUUUACAUUGUAUUCAUUGAUGCUUGAUUUUUUUUUCUUCUGGUAAAAAUUUUUAUUGCUAUCAUUUGGUUAACACAACCCCACUCCGCUGUUAAUAGUACUUUCAUGUUUUUAUUUAUCCAAGACCAAAUAUACUGGAUAAAAGGCCAACUACAACUUAGAGAACAUGGACCAAUUCCUUACUACAUUAUGGAUGUAGUACUUGUAACCGCAAAGUUGACUUCAAUGAGGGAACUACCUUUGACUGCAUGCACUGCGGAGACAAUACUGCAACAACUGCAAAAAGGUUUCCACUUUUAUCAUCUACAAUUAUUCGGGUUACAAACUUCUGUUGUCACCUUUCCCAAGGUCACUGGGAAAAGGAGAUUGGUACGGAAUGGAUGUAUAUCUCCACAUAACAUAGCGUAGGCCAAGCAGCCAGUUGGGAAGGAUGACAGUGGUUUCUUAACUGUUGAACAUAGUUGUACCAGUUUUCCUGCAACAUCAAGCAGUUCAAAGGAUCUAUCUAAUGUUAUAAAUUUGGUGUCAGAAUAAACCCCAACGAUAUGGCUUGUGUAUGAUUUGUUUUUUUGUCUCUAUAUGUCAAUAAAAUUGACUAUAGAUGUGAAAUUUGAAAGAAUGGUCCUGAAAUUUUUAAAAGGGUUAACAUGCAUCACUGUUGUGAAAAUCAGAUGUGCAAUGGGGUAUAUCAAUUUCUUUUGUCUGGUACAUGUAAUUGAAAUUCAUUCGUGCUACCUGUUGCAUACUACUUAGAAGAUGUGCUUCCAACUUCAGUAAUUUAAAGAAAUAUUGUGGUUAUUGAUGAUGAAAUGGCUAAACCUGAUGGUGCCAAUCAGAAUACUGUCAGAAGCUUUGAAGAGGCUGGAUGGAGAAGUACACGAAAUCGAAGUCAGAGCAAGUCGUUACAAAGAGAAAAGGAAAGAGACUCCCAGAGUCAUCAAAAUAGUAAAGACUGGGAUGGGAAACAAAACGGAAUGUACCAGAUUUUUAGCACGUACAACCAUCAAACCACAGACCAAAACAGGGCUCGACAAAACAGAAAGUAUCAUACCGUCCUUCCCUUCAAUCUAUUACGAUCAGCACGGUUGUUCGUAUUUCCUUUUCGUUUUACAAGGCAAACUGCACUGACGUUACGGUCUUCUGAAUACUUUGGUCUUCAACGAGUGGAAGGUAACCCCGCCCCGAUUGAGAUCGUCUCGAAGCUUCUCCAACGAUACCCACUUCUCCAUCUUAGUUGCUGGUAUCUUAGGAUAUAUGUAAGAAUUGGAACUAUGCUUUUACUCUUAUCAAAUGGACGCAUGCUUGGGCACCCACGCACAUAGUGCGUUCCCAGUUAGUAACAUUAUAUGGGACGGGAGUACCUACCUAGCAUGUGAUUUGCCCACAUGCCUCAUGUUUUCUCUUCCUUAAAAAAGUGAAUCUGGGUAA